UACCACCUACGCCGGAAGUCCUGUUGGCUGUCAGGAUUUUCAGUAAGCCUACCAAGGCUACAAGGAUAAGCACUGCCACAGGAAAUACAACUCGAGCAUCAGGGCAUACCGCCCCCAAUUUGUUGCCACCACUCACUAUCCUACCCCAAGUCUGCGAGUUACAGCCAGUCAAGUUUCCAAGAAGCCAAUGUAUGACGAGCCAAGAAUUUGCCGUAGAAUAUAGGUCGCAUUCGGGCUGAACAUCUUUAUGUGAGCCCUACCUACUGCCUGGUUCAUGCUCGUGAUUCAAGAAGCCAGUCGAUAUCGCCAUCCAGAUGUCUCAAGUGAAACAUGCGCGUAGGCAUUGUUCAUUUAUCUCUUCUCAGAUGCAUUCUAGAGGCUUAAAAUCUUUUGAGCUGAUUGACAUAUACUGAGUUCUUUCAACUCUUCUCCCAGGGUUGCGCGUCCCCCUUCGCACACGCAGUCCUAUCAUGUCUUCGUUCUACGGCUUGAAUCUCAGUACACCUUUGGAGGAUUUGAUUCCUCCUCCAACGGAGAUUAACAAUGCCCAUAAAAAAUACUCAAUUGCUAUUGCGUCUAUAGUAAUGGGAAUUCUUACCACUCUCGUCGCUUUAGUACGCCUUACCACGCGCUUUUCUUCUCGGACGUUGGGGCCUGAUGACUACGCCAUCAUCCCAGCAAUAAUAUUAUACAUAGCAUGGAUUGCCUUAGCUGCAUAUUCCAAUUUAGAUACAGGAAUUGGAAAGCCAUUAUGGGAAAUCACAGUUGCUGAAUAUGGAAAAUGGUACCAGUGCAUCAUUGCCGCGCUGUUUCUCUAUCCAGCCAUGUCAGCAUCAGUGCGCGUGUCUAUCAUCUUGCUGUAUAGGCGCGUGUUCUCGAAAAGCAGCAGAUACCGAGACAUUCUACUCGAUGUAUUACUAGGCUUUCAAGGAGUCUAUGUAAUUAUCUUCUCAAUAAUGCCUGGUUUCGUCUGCACACCGAUUCAGAACGCUCAGUAUCCACUACAACAUACCCAGUUUUGCCACGAUGUAUACUAUGCGAAUAUGCAGACAGCACUAUUCAGUGCUAGUCUAGCUUUUGAUACCAUUCUACUCGUGAUCCCGAUAUUCUGGGUCACCAAACUCCAGCUUCCCCUAAAGAAGCGAAUUGGUCUAGUUAUCAUAUUUGUUUUGGGCGCAGGCGCGAGUAUCGCAGCAGCAUACAAAUUGGCUGUACAAGUCAAAGAAACUUGGCACCACGUCCCACAGCAUCUAGAAUGGUUCAAUUAUUUGAUGUCUAGAUUCGUCCCCACGCAAUUCGAGUCUUAUGGAGUUACGUUCUGGGUCCCUUCUGUAGUCGAGCCAACGGUCGCACUGAUUGGGACAUCACUUCCAGCUCUUCAGCAACUACGAAUAAAGACUUCCCAGAAGUUAUCGUCAAUUCGGGGUUCGCAUGAGAACAGCCAGAUGUCGGGGGAUAGUAAGCAGAAGAAGACUUAUUUCACCAGCGGAUCGGGGGGUCAAGGCCAUGGAUUUUACAGCAUUAACGAUUCCGAUAUCGAACUUCGCGCUGCCGCCGCGUAGGACUUUCUCCACGCUGGAUGUGGCUAUUUACCUAUUUAGGUAUAUGGCUGCGACCGUACUUGGCUAAGUCGUAUGGAGUUGGGUACUAUAUAAAAUACUUUCCAUGAUAAUAUGGGUGCCUCUGUAUGUGAUUAGCUUAACCUAGAAGCUCUGUAAUAGAAUUCUUGAAGAUGUAGCAACUAUCAGCUUGUCAAUCUUACAACCUACUGGCC